AUGGCCUCGCCCACAGGUCAACAUGGCGCGACGAACGGGGAGGAGAAAGCCGCAUCGACCACUCGUCGCGGGAGCUCGUCGCAGCACUCGGACGAUUCGCAGACUGCAGCAGACUUCAUCCGCGACCAGAUGCAGCUCGAAGCUGAUGCCCGUGAGGCUCUGCCAUACAGCAUAGAAAACUGUACCAGGCCCCUCGGCCCCCUUCGGCAAAGUGUCUUCGCCUGCCUGACCUGCAAGCCGCCGCCGGCGAGCCCCUCGGACCCCUACGACGCGGCCGGCGUCUGCUACUCGUGCUCCGUCCAGUGCCACGGCGAGCACACACUAGUCGAGAUCUUCAACAAGAGGAACUUCACCUGCGACUGCGGCACCACGCGGUUCCCCGCCGCGAGCCCCUGCAGCCUGCGCAUCAACCCCGAGACCAACACCAAGGGCGGCGUGCACUCGGAGCCGCGCGACGACAACAACAGGUACAACCAGAACUUCCGGAACCGCUUCUGCGGGUGCGAGUGCGACUACGACCCCUUCGAGCAGAAGGGUACGAUGUUUCAGUGCCUGGGCCUAGGGACUGCCGAGACGGGAGGAUGUGGCGAGGACUGGUGGCAUCCCGGGUGUGUGGUGGGGAUGGGCCCGAAGUGGUGGGAGAGCAUGGAGAAGCCCAAGAAGGAAGAGAAGGCUGCAAAGGUUACUGCCGACGGCCAGGCUGGCGACAAGAGCCUGCCUACCAUCUCAGAGGAUGCAGAGGAGCAGCCGCCCAAGCCAGCACAGACGGAGGGAGCCGAACAGGCCAAAAAGACCCAGGAGGAAGAGGAGGAUGACGACCCGCCCAUGCCACCGGGAUUCCCGGGCGAGGACGAUUUCGAGGCCUUCCUAUGCUAUAAGUGCGUUGAGGCGAACCCGUGGAUCAAGCGCUAUGCUGGAACCUCAGGAUUUCUACCUCCGGUCUAUUUCAAAGACGGAGGUACCAAGGAGCAGCAGCCCGCCGUCGAGGAAACGUUGUCAAAGAAACGCAAGGUAGAUGACGAGGACACAGAAUCCCAAGACUCCAAGAGAGUCAAGGGCGAGAGUCAGGACGGCGCACCAGCACCAGCAGCAGCAGCAGCAGCCGCGGACGCUCCGGCCUCGUCGACCGAUGCUGACGCGGAGUCCACAGCCGACACCAAGCCCGUCUGUAAGCUCGACUCCCUCCCCGCCGCCCCAAUCGGCACGGUCUCCCUCUUCAUGACCCCGACGUUCCGCGACGCCCUCUGCCGCUGCCCGUCGUGCUUCCCCCUCCUGGCGCCGCACCCGCAGCUCCUGGAGGAAGAGGAGACGUACGAGCCGCCCGUCUCCGAGGACGGAGGGGGCAACGGCGACGCCGCCUCGACGCACGGCAGCGGGUCCCUGCUCGAGCGGGGCGAGAGCGCGCUGCGCAACGUGGACCGCGUGCGCGCGAUCGAGGGCGUCAUGGCGUACAACCACCUCAAGGAGCAGCUCAAGCCCUUCUUCCAGCAGUUCGCCGAGAGCGGGCGGGCCAUCUCGGCCGAGGACGUCAAGGAGUACUUUGCCAAGCUCCGCGGCGACUCGGAGGCCAUCCGCGAGGCCGGGGAGGCGGCGUCCAAGGGCGGGGACGAUAACAGAAGGGAGCAGAGCGGGUAUUAA